AUGUCUACUCGUAAUCCAUCUCCACCACCUGACUAUGAUAACAAUGAGAAUCAGAUUGAUAUGAUUGGAGACACAACAUAUAGUCGACGAUGGCUCUUCUCAAUGUUGAUAAAAUUUUUGGAAAGCGUUAAUAAAGAAACUUCUGCGACUUGGGCGAACUCAGAGGACAAUUCAAACGGCGACCGGCUAGAUAGUGAGCUUGAAGAGCAGCUGUGUUGUCUAUGGGACCUGACGGUCAAUCGGGAUGUUCUCAAAUUCCUUGACGAGUUUGAAAUCGUCUCAAUAUUUAAUAAUGCUCUUGGAAACGUCCAGAAACCUAGACUUUUGGAAAUCAUGGUGGGGAUCCUUGCAAAUCUAGCUUAUGACCCGGUCGCGUGCCGUAAGAUGAGUGAGAGUGAAUCAUUUAUCGUUCGUAUAACAAACUUAUUAUAUUCAAGGGAUACACCCACUCUUAUUGAGACAUGCAGACUGAUACAAACUGUGCUUGCAUCAGAUGAAUACAAAAUGCCCUGGUUCGAUGAAAUACGCUUCCAGCCGGAGUUUUUUGAAAACAUUCUCUUCAUUUUAAAGAGUUCAACCAACGCAACUUUGUUGAUUGGUGCUGUUCGCCUUAUUGACGUUAUCACACGAGAUGAUGACAGUUUAGCCGAAGUCUGGUGUGGUGAGCAAUUACUCAAGGCUAUUUUGAUAGCCCAACAUGAAAUGAAAUGGUUACAUGGCAGUGAAGUGGAAAUAAUUCAUCGUUUGUUGUAUACGUUCUCUUCUAAUGUAAAUGGUGUAUCGGCCUUAGUGAAAUGCUUUCCAGAAGUUUUGCCUACAUUCGGUGUCUACUUGCGCAAAGUGUGUGAAGAUGCUCCUCAUCUGAUCCAUUUCACAACUUACUACAAUAGUUUACGUGCUAUAAUCCCAAUAAUAGAUGUGGUUAUCGCUAGUUUAGAAUGUAUGGAUGCUUUAUCCUGUUAUUUGUCUGAUCCAGACAUUCUUCCCUGUUUGAUACACAUUGCUUGUGGUUGUCAGAAACAGAAGGGUGAAUUGCCUCUAGUUCGUGGAAUUCUAGCUGAUUUGAAUAUCCUUUUUAAAGAUAUUAUUAAAUCGGUUAGCUCCAGUGUAAAAACAAUGGAUGAAUCAAGUAUAAUUCAACUGACCACAGGUGAAUUAAAAUGGCUAGCCGAUUUAGAAAAGGAUGAUCAUUCUAGUUUUCGUGAAGCAUUUACAAAUUGUUGCCUAAAUGAUGGUGAUGCUGAAACCAAAGCAUGUAUUAUCUCAUUAUGCAAUCAAUUGAAAUUGGCCAAGAUACUGGAAUCAGUCACUACAGAUGAUUAAUCGAUUAAUUAAUUGAUUUAUUGAUUGAUUGGUUGACUGGCU